ACAGACCAAUCAGGAGCUAGAACAUUUGAUUGGCAGUAGCUUGCAGCAAAUAGGGUAUAGAUUAACCAGAAGCAGACUUUACCAAUACCUUAUAAAAGUCGGCCUCUUUGCACAAUAGUUUUCACAGCAUCUGGAGUUGUUGCAGACCACUCUUUGCUGUGACGCCAUGGCAAUGAAAUUGAUUUGUGGUUGUCUUUUGGCCGUUGCCCUGCUGGGCUGUUUGGCUGACGCUCAAUAUCCCUCCUUGAAGCCCCAGAAGCCCCUGAAUCCCCCGCUGCCCCCGAGGCCCCAGAAGCCCCUGAAUCCCCCGCAGCCCCCGCAGCCCCCGCAGCCCCAGAGGCCCUACAAUCCCCCGCAGCCCCCGCAGCCCCCGCAGCCCCAGAAGCCCCAGAAGCCCCUCAAUCCCCCGCAGCCCCCGCAGCCCCAGAGGCCCUACAAUCCCCCGCAGCCCCCGCAGCCCCAGAGGCCCUACAAUCCCCCGCAGCCCCAGAAGCCCCAGCAGUCCCUUUCGCACCCUCCAACAUACCCACAACCAAAACCGGAGGACCCCAAGAAGACGCCUCACACACCGACAGAAUCAUUUCAUUCAUGUGAAAUUCCCGACGACUACAAGAUCCAGUGUGGGGCUCCUGGCAUCUCUUCUUCAGAUUGUGAGAGUAUAAACUGCUGCCAUAAUGGACGCACGUGCUAUUACGGCAAAUUUGUGACUCUUCAGUGCACAAAAGACGGCCAUUUCAUUGUGGUGGUAGCCAGAAGUGCCACACUUCCCAACAUCGACUUAGAGACAAUUUCUUUCUAUGGAAAUGAUCCAAGCUGCAGCCCUGUUGGCAUAACUUCAUAUUUCGCUAUCUACCAGUUCUCUGUCACUUCUUGCGGCACUUUCAUGACGGAGGAACCAGGUGUUAUAAUCUAUGAGAACAGGAUGUCCUCCUCAUUUGAGGUCGCUAUUGGACCCUACGGAGCCAUCACCAGGGACAGCCAAUACGAGCUGCUUUUCCAGUGUCGGUAUAUUGGCACCACAGUUGAAGCUUUGGUCAUUGAGGUUGGCCUGAUCCCUCCACCGCCCCCAGUUGCAGCUCCUGGACUCCUGCGUGUCGAGUUCAGGCUGGCCAACGGACAGUGUAUUUCCAAGGGUUGUGUCGAAGAGCAAGUCGCCUACAGCUCCUUUUACGAGGAUUCCGACUAUCCCGUCGCAAAGGUGCUCAGGGAUAGUGUGUACGCUGAGGUCCGAAUUCUGGAAAGGACUGAUCCAAACAUUUAUUUGACUCUCGGAAGAUGCUGGGCAACUACUGAUCCCUACGCUCAUAGUCUUCCACAGUGGGACUUGCUGAUUGAUGGUUGCCCCUACCGCGACGAUCGUUACCUGACAACUCUGGUCGAUGUGGAUUCCUCAUCAGGAGUCCCGUAUCCAUCCCACUACAGGCGUUUUAUUUUCAAGAUGUUCACAUUCGUGAGUACUGGACCCGCCAAUCCCGGCAAAGGAGGGGCUGCAGAUCCAGCGUCUAUGACCCCUCUAAAGGAAAAGGUGUACAUCCAUUGUAACACAGCUGUGUGUCAACCAUCUCUUGGAAAUAAUUGUGAACCUAGAUGCUUCAGAAAGAGGAGAGACAUUGCUGCUUCUGCUUCCAAGACAGGAAGACCUGAUACCACUGUGGUUAGCAGUGACGGGAUAAUUUUCAGCGGAUAAUUUUCCUGGACGACAACAGUCAGUACCAAAUCCGAAAUGGAACCUUUCUUAGGGAAACCUCUGUUUUCAAAUUCUUACUGAAAAGUGACUGAGUUUCAAAUAAAUGUAUAAAUUGCUGAGUGUGGUGUUAUUGUCGGUGUCAGUCAGAUCUAUACAGUGUUCUGGGACCUUUAAGG